GGCGAUUCUGAAUUAAAACGUCGCAUUAUUUGAUCACUGCGCUUUCGCGGCCACCGACAACCACCUUCCAACAUGGCUGAGCUAACGUAUGACACCCUUAUGGACGACGGGAACUAUCUUGGCUCCGAAAGAGCGAGGCUGGAGAACAAAGUCAUCUUGGAGGAGCUGGAGCGGAAAAAAAAAGCGCGUACUCUGGCAGUACCAACGGACGAUAAUCGUGUCAAGGCUAGACUGAGGGAGAUUGGAGAACCUAUCACUCUUUUUGGUGAAAGGGCGGCAGACCGUCGAGAUCGUUUGAUUUAUGUGCUUUCACAAAUCAAUGCAGCGCGGGGUGAUUACUCAGCCAAUGUCGAGGAAGAGUCUUCGGAUGAGAGCGAGGAAGAGGAGGAGGAAUUCUAUUCUCCCGGUUCGAUGGAGCUACUCGAAGUUAGACGGAAGAUCGCAGAGUACUCCCUUCCUAGAGCUCAAAAGCGGAUCGCUCGACAGCGACUAGGCAGUACAAUGGAAUUAGGUCGCAUUGUUGACAUACGGAAGAAAGUGUUUACAGAAGUGAAAAAAUUUGCCAACCUUGGUUCACAAAUUGGCGACGACAGGCCGAUAUCUCAAGUGCGCUUUGCCCCAAAUAAUCAAAUUUUAGCCACGGGGUCCUGGUCCGGAACAGUGAAGCUAUGGAAUGUACCCGCCUGUACGCCUCUGCGAACCUUACGAGGACAUAGCGAUCGUGUUGGUGGUGUGGCAUGGCAUCCUCAAGCAACAUUAUCACAAGGUCAAGACCUUGUAAACCUAGCAAGCGGAGCGGGCGAAGGCAAUGUGAAUUUAUGGUCUCUUAACAGUGAAUCACCUUUAUCUGUCUUGAAAGGGCACCAAGAUCGUGUAUGCCGUGUUGCCUUUCAUCCAUCAGGGGAUUAUCUUGCAAGUGCCAGUUUCGAUACUACUUGGCGCCUGUGGGACGUUACUACUUCAACAGAGUUGCUGCUUCAAGAAGGACACUCAAAGGAAGUUUAUUCGGUAGAAUUCCAAGAUGACGGUGCUUUGAUCGCCUCCGGUGGGCUUGACGCCAUUGGACGAGUUUGGGAUCUUCGAACAGGGCGAACUGCCAUGGUUCUAGAUGGACAUGUACAAGCAAUAUAUGCCAUUGGAUUUUCUCCCAACGGAUACCAAAUUGCCACUGGUGCUGGAGACGAUACAAUCCGGAUAUGGGACAUGCGAUUACUAAAAUCUCUCUAUACAAUACCGGCGCAUCUUUCGAACGUUUCCGACAUACGGUUUUUUAGGGCGGAUGACCCUUUCAUGGAGAAAGCACAGAAUAUGGUAAACGGGGACACUGAGAUGUUGGAUGUAGACAACGCCCAUCCCACACCCACGGAACACGAAGAAAGGGCCUACAAGUCGGGACUGUUCUUCGCUUCAGCAGGCUACGAUGGACUGGUGAAGAUUUGGAGUGCAGACGAUUGGCAUCUGUUGCGAACCUUGUCCACUGAUGCUGGCAAGGUGAUGUCUGUGGAUAUCGCCAGCGAUGGCAAUAUGAUCGCCAGUGGAACUUACAAUCGGAAUUUCCAACUUUUCGCACCUGAGGAUGUACAAUAGGAUUGUUAGUUAUAUUCCACUGAACAAAAUAAGAGCGUAACAGUUAAUGAAAAAUUCUAACGAGU